AGAAAGUUUUUCGAGUGAUGUACCAACUAGUGAUAGUGCUGAACAUUUCACCGAAUCAAGUAAUGUUGCAGGGCAACGUUUUUCAACUACUAGUAGCCCGGGAAUGACUGAUUCGUCACGUUCUACAUCAAAAGCUACWAMUGGCUCUGUAACAGAUAGCUCAGWAGWUACUGAGGCCCCAACUACUGGCGAGAAGGCAAGCACUGCCUAUAUMAUCACAGAUACCACCACAACUAAUGCACCAACGACGGCUGCCGGCGUCCUAGCUGCAASCACAGCACCAACCGUUUCACCAACUACUGGUGAUACUGCCUCCUUUACGGAGAGCACGACAACUAAUGCGACAACUGUUUUUAGUAAACAAAGUUCCAGCUCUGUAACGGAAAGCACAGCACCAACUAMUGUUGUUAAAGAAUCUUCAAGCUCUGCAACAGAAAAUACCCCAAGUGGCGCAACAACCUCUUCAGGUAAACAAACUGGUAGACCUACAACGGGAAUCUUCUCAACUGAUSCUUUAAAUACCUCGACUGUUACACGAAGUACUGCCAGCUCUGCAACAGAAAUAAGUUCAACUGAGACACCAACUACUGCAGAUAAAGAAAGUACCACCUCGGUAACAGAUAGCACAGYACAAACAGAGGCACCAACUAGUUCUGGUAAGGAACGUUCUACAUAUGUUACACAUAGCACCUCAACUCAUACAGCAAGUGGUGUAACAAAUACCGCUGAUAAAGRAACUAGCAGCUCCGCAAUAGAAAUUACUUCAACCGAUGCACCAACUACUUCUGGUAAACAAACUUCUAGCUCUGCUACAGAGAUAUCCUCAGCUGUUGCGCCAACUACCAGCUCUGCACCAAAGAUCACCUCAACUCAAUCACCUACUAGUUCUGCUAAAGACAGUACUGCAUCUUUAACAGAAGACACCUCAACUCAUGCAAUGACUACUUCUGGUAAGGAAAGUAGUAGUUCUGCAACAAAAAGCACAACAGGUGAUGCACCAACUAGUGCUGGUAAUCAAACUAAAAUUUCUAUUACGGAAAUCACCUCAAGUGCUUCGCCAACUACUGUUGACAAACAAACUGCCAAAUUGAUAACUGAUAGCACAACACCAACUGAGGCACAAACUAAUGCUGUUAAGGAAACUUCAAGCUCUGCAAUAGAAAGUACCUCAAGUGGUGCACCAACUUCUGCUGGUAAACAAACCGGAAGAUCUACAACGGAAACUUUCUCAACUGAUGCAUUAAGUACUUCUGGUAAAGAAAGGACAAGCCCCACAAAAGAAAGCACGUCAACUGUUGUAUCAACUACUGCCAGCUCUACAACAGAAAUAACUUCAAGCGAUGCAGCAACUACCAGCUUUGCUGGAGAAAGAAGCUCGACUAACACACCAACUACUGCAGAUAAACAAAGUGCCACUCCGGUAACGGAUAGCACAGUAUCAACUAAGUCACCAACUAGUGCUGUUAAGGAACGUACUACAUCUGUUACACAAAGCACCUCAACUCAUACAAAAAGUCCAGCAACAAACAUGAAAAUUAGCACCUCAUCAAUUACUGAAGGCCCCUCAAUCACAACUGAGAGU